UUAUUUCAGUCUCAAUUUGCUCAAGAAAGAAACCAAACGUGCCUAGGAAGAAUCGAGUGAUUAGAAUCGAUUCAUAUCGAUUGUUAGAUUUAGUUUUAGUAAUUUAUUCGAAGUUUCUACAGAAAGAAGUAUUUUUCUGUAAGAUUUAUGAAUAGUUGUGAAUUCUUCAAUAAUUUGGACCCUGGUGGACCAAUGAUGACAAGGAAACGGUUUAAGGAGCUGUCGCUGGAAGCGACAGUCUACCAAGAGGCGACGAACCUGAUGCCUCCUCUCGACCCCCCUCAGCCCCCUCCGAUGCCAACUGAAUCAGUUUCCGCCUCCGAGCCAUCAAAUAAUUUUAUAAGAAGCCAAUGUCUAAGUGUUGUGUUUCCUGCGCGUUUGCGCACGGAAAGGCGCGGUAAACGUAACACGUAUGUAUUUGCUGGGAAAGCUGCACGUCAAAGGGCGACCAGGAAAAGGCUAUCAAAGAAAGACCUCUGAAUUGACUAAGAAGUUAGUUUUUAAGUACUCAAGGUAACUAUGGGCCACACACUGCAGCCUAAACAGUCGACGGUCGAUUCGAUGAAUGGCAAUUGUUUUUUGAGAAAAUCGUGAUUCCAAUCAAAGUUUUCUGUCGGUCUGAUGCCGAAUAUAGGUAUAUUUGAUCGCUGUAAUGUGCACACUGCCAUGCAUUUCCGUAGUUAGGGUGCUUACAUAAAGCGCUCGAUCAAACUAUCGGCGGACUAGUCUGCAGUGUUGUACUGUUGAUGUAGGUAGGUAACUAGGUAGGAACUUCCUUUCUUUGGUGAAUGUAAAAUAAAAAUUUUAAAAAAUAA